CAGCGGCAGUGAGCAUGCAGCGAGGUAUGUUCGCGCGCAAGCGCGUUGUGCUGCAACAGCGAAUUUGCGCUGGCGCGUGGAUCGGCCACCCUGCGGCAAUCGUAAACAAAGAUCAUUCAUCAGCCACGAACGAGAAAGCCGAAGAAUCCUCCAAGUCGGCUUCUGAAGAAGCUACUUAUACGACUAACAAGAACACGCAGUUGGUGCAAGAUACUGGCCGAGAAGUCUCACGCAUUGCGGAUGCCGAGGCUGAAUUGAAGGAAGGGCAAACUCUGAACAUGCGUGUCCACUCCAUUAGCCCAACCGAGGUGCUCCUUCAAUGCCCUAACAACGUGUGGGGCCACCUGCACGCGGUCGAUCUGCCACUGCUUGCAACUUCCGCUUCCAGCACAGCCGGGAAAGAAAAUUUCU